AUGCUGAAUGACGUUAAUCCGUAUGUGAAGAACUUCAGGACAGCAAAAGAUAGGUUUCAAACAGACCAAGAACAACCUUUUCAUAUGAGAAUUGUUGCUGACCGUGUUGGAGUUGAUGGAAGAACUUACGGUAUGCCUACAGCAUCAGAGGUUGCUGCACUAAUACCCGGUGAUUUUAAAAGAGAAAUGCCUUCACGUGAUAUAGUUAUAGAGGAAAAAUCUACUGGUCACCUAAAGAGGAUAAGUGAAGUUCAUAUCUCAUAUUUGGCACUACAAUAUCCGCUAAUUCUUUGUUAUGGUGAAGAUGGUUUUAGACCUGGCAUCGAAAAAUGUUUUAAAGGAGCAAACAACACCAAGAAGAAAAAGAAGUGUAUUAGUAUGAGACAGUGGUUCGCAUUCCGGAUUCAAGAAAGGGAUAACGAGUGUCAUACGCUUCUACAGUCAAAGAGGCUAUUCCAACAAUUUUUGUGUGAUGCUUACACAACCAUUGAAACAAAUAGGUUGAAUUAUAUAAAGUUCAAUCAGUCAAAGAAGCGAUGUGAGAACUACAACAACAUAAAAGAAGCUGCUCAAUCAGGAAACACCACUAUGAGUCAACAAGGGAAUCAAAUUAAUAUUCCAACUUCCUUCACUGGUGGACCUUGGUAUAUGGUUCAAAGUUAUUAUGAUGCUAUGGCCAUAUAUAAACAUUAUGGAUUCCCUGAUCUAUUUAUUACAUUUACGUGCAAUCCUAAAUGGCCAGAGAUAACAAGAUAUGUAACAGAACGGGGGUUGACUUCUGAUGAUAGACCUGACAUCGUUGCAAGGAUUUUCAAAAUAAAGUUGGAUUCUCUAAUGCAUGAUUUAACAGAAAAGCAUUUGCUUGGCAAGACAGUUGCAGCUAUGUAUACUGUGGAGUUUCAGAAAAGAGGGCUUCCACACGCACAUAUCCUCUUAUUCAUGGACCAGAAAAGUAAACUACCAACAGCUGAUGAUAUAGACAAAAUGAUAUGUGCAGAGAUUCCAGUUAAAGAAAAAGAUCCCGAGCUUUAUGAGGUGAUUAAAGAUUGUAUGAUUCACGGUCUAUGUGGUGCAGCUAAUAGGAGUUCGCCAUGUAUGGUGGCUGGAAAGUGUUCUAAGCUAUACCCAAAAAAGCAUGAAGACAUCACGAGGGUUGGAGAAGAUGGUUAUCCUAUCUACAGGAGGCGUCGUACUGAACUGUUUAUUGAGAAGGGUGGUAUUAAGUGUGAUAAUAGGUAUGUCUCGGCUUCAGAGGCUAUUUGGAGGAUUUUCAAGUUCCCAAUCCAGUAUAGAACAACACCAGUACAAAGGUUAUCCUUUCAUGACGAGGGAAAGCAACCUGCUUAUUUUGAGGAAGACGAUGAAAUUGACACAGUUUUGGAACGAGUGGCAAAUCAAGAUUCUAUGUUUAUGGCUUAUCUCACUCUGAACAGAAUAAAUGCGGUUGGAAAAGAUGGAAAACAUGCAAGGGAGCUUACUUAUGCGCAAAUCCCUGCUUAUUUUACUUGGGAAGGUAAUAGGAAACGGUUUAAAAAGAGGACGAGAGGAUUUUCUUUGGGUCGAAUCAACUAUGUUCCACGUAGGCUAGAAGCUGAAUACUACUUACGAGUACUUCUCAACAUUGUGAAGGGACCUACAUGUUUUGAAGACAUAAAAACCUACAACGGUGUACUCUAUCCUUCUUAUAAAGAAGCCUGCUUUGCACGUG